AUGCUCCGCCGCGUCGACGACGCGGACGCGGCGGACGACGUCAACUACGUCUCGGCGACGGUCUGGGAGACGAAGGCGAACUUCGACGCCUGGAAGAAGGGCGACGCCUUCAAGGAGGCGCACGGCGGCGGCACCGUCGCCGGCGUCGCCGGCAUGCUCGUGGCGACGCUCCAGAACACCAAGGGCAAGCCCAAGGUCGCCGCCUGGGAGGGACUGCUGCCCCUGGGCCUGCCCGGCGCGCCGCCGGCGGACGGCGAGGGCUGGCGCCGCGUCGCCGCCGACGGCGAGGCGACGCUCCCGUCGGACGUCUUCGUGGCCAUGAAUCGCUUCCCCGUCGCCGAGGGCUCCGAGGACGAGUUCGAGCGGCGCUUCGCGGACCGGUCCUCGACGCUGGCGGACUUCGCCGGCUUCAAGGGCUUCCUGCUGCUGCGCCGCGACGACAAGGUCGACGACGGCGCGACGCACUCCACCUUCAGCGUCUGGGACUCCAGGGCCAGCUUCCAGGCGUGGCUCGACUCGGAGAAGAAGCCCGACGAGCAGCCCCGGAAGAACCUCCUCGCCGGCCGGCCCACGCCGUCCUACUACGAGGGCAUCCUAGCCCUCGACAUGGUCGACGCGAACGCCAUGGACGCGACGCUGGCGCGCUCCGAGCGCCUGAGUAUGUACCAGCUGCGCUGCGACGCGCGGGAGCGCGAGGUCGCCGAGCUCGAGGCCCGGAGCCGCCUCCCGCGCGACGUUUUGGAGCUGCCCGCGGCGCCGCUCGCCGACGUGCGCAGCAGCUACGAGAACCUCUCGAACGUGGCCGCCGUCAAGGCGGAGAACGACGAGCUGCGCCGGCGCCUCGACGCGCUCGAGGCCGCGCGCUGCGCGCCGCCCGCGCCGCCGCCGCCCGCGCCGCUCGCGCCGGCCGCGCUCGCGCCGGCCGCGCUCGCGCCAGCCGUGGCCGCCCCGCCGCCCGCGCCCGCGGCGGUGCUCCCCGCCGCGCCGCCGCCGACGCGCGCGCCGUCGACGGAGGACGUCGAGAACCAGCGGCUUCGCGACAGCGGCCUCCAGCGGAGCAAGGAGCAGUACGACCAGCUCGAGAAGCAGCUCCGCCUCGCGCGGCUCGAGAUGUCCACGCACCGCGAACGCCAGUGGCAGCGCAUCUACGUGUCGCGGUGA